AUGAGUUACAGUGAAAGUGGCGGCGGUCAUAGUGAUCAACGUGGCUACAGUUCACGUGGUAGUGCCUCUAGUCGUGGUUACGAUGAUCCUAAUCGUGUAGGGAGUGGGGGAGGUUAUAGUCAACGUGGGGGGUACGGUGGAGAUCAACGAGGGGGUUCAGACUCUCGUAGUGGCGGGGAUUACAGUCGUUCGGCAUCUGGUUACGAAGAUUACAAUCGAGGGGGAGGGGGUUACGGUGUAUCAAGUUCUGGAGGUUCCAGGGGGUACGCGGGAAGUCGAGGGGAUUACGGUUACAAUACCGGAAGUUACGCCAGUGGAGGGUACGAUGAUCGCGGGGGUUACGGUGGAGGUUCCACUGGUCAUGGAUCCUAUGGUGGAGGCUCUUCUAGCUACGAUAGUCGAGGUGGUUAUGGUGCUUCGUCUGCUGGAGGGUACGAUCAAAGUCGAAGUGGGUAUGGAGAUCGUACUGGAUAUGGAGGAGGAAGUAGCCAUGGAAGUGGAGUGUAUGACGAUCGGUCUCGUGGAUAUUCCAGUGGAACGGGAGGGGGGUAUGAUGACCGCUCACGUGGCAGCAGUCGAGAUGAUCGUGGGUACGUAAGAGGAGCAGGAGGUGAUCGUCCUUCCUAUGGAGGACGUGAUGAUCGUGGCUAUGGAGGACGUGAAGAACGUGGCUAUGGUGCCAGUAGUGCCGGUGGACGAGAUGAUCGAGGUUAUGGCGGUGGUGGAGACCGUGCUGGAGGGGACCGACGUGGAGGGGACUAUAGCUAUGGACGUCGUGACGAGCGUGGGGCCAGUGGUGACCGCCGUGGAAGUGGGCGUGGAGGUGACCGUGGAUAUGGCGGUGGAGGCCGUGGAGGUGGUCGCAGCGGUGGCGGAGGAGGUCGCAGUGGUGGUCGCGGAGAGUGCGGCCCUGGUGUUGGUACGGUGGCUGGCUCCGGAUACGAAGCUGUUGGAGAACCGUUGGCUGACCCUCGUCUUGUGGAAGAGUGGAGUGGCCGCGCUGAAGCGCGUGAAGUGAGUGCUGACGACCCCGAUCUGCAGCAAGAAUUUCUCAUUUGUCGUCGCCCAGGUUUGGCUAAAGGUGGCAAGUCAAUGCAGCUGCAGGUGAAUUUCUUUGCUGUGUCGGUGGACUCGGCUCCGGCCGAGAUUUUCAAAUACCACGUGGACGUUGAACGUUCUCCUGACGUCGCGACGGACUCGAAGUAUGGUCCAUCUGGCGAUGCUUCAGUAGACCAAAAAAACGAGACCAUGGAUGAUGGUGAGAUAAAGGAAACGGAAAAGAACGAGAAGAAAGACACGGAUGUCAAGGACAUGGAGAUGAAUGACGUUCCAGCGCUACCUAAGCGCGAACAGCGUCCGGAACGACCCCUUCCGCGAUCCUUAGUGCGAAACGUGAUCAACGCUGCCCUGAGACAGUACGAGGUCGAUUUUGGAGGAAUUCGUGUUGUUCAUGAUGGUAUGUCUGCCAUGUACGCACCUGCUAUGUUAUCGUGGGAAGCACACUGCAAGACCUUCGUCGAUGUUAAUCCAGAUGGCCCCAGUCCUACACCGCCACCCCCACCUCCUCCUGCUGCUGGUGAGGCGCCUCGUCGCCCUUUUAGAGGCCCACGCACAUUUGUUCUGAAGAUGAAGCUUGCUGAAACGAUUUCGACGAGCACAUUAACGGACUACUACUCGAACCCAGAUGUAAACGUGAUGCCAGUUCUACAAGCUUUGGAUGUGGCCGCGCGCCACUUGGGUGCCCAACGCUUGAUUGCUGUGGGUCGCAACUUUUUCUCUAUGAAGAAGCCGUUCCCACUCAAGGGCGGCAAAGAGCUGUGCUGGGGCUACCAUCAGGCCAUCCGCGUUGCGGAUCGCAAACUGCUUAUGAAUGUAGAUCAAGCUGCUACGGUGUUUUAUGCUCCUAAAGAGCUUAUGGAAAUUGUGCUUCCUGUUUUGAACGCCCGCUCACCAAACGACGUCCGCUCCCUACAAGACCGCGACGGGAAAAACUUGGCACGUGCGUUGCGAAAGAUUGAAAUAGUGCCUACCCACCGCAAGGAUCGAAAGCGCGCGAUUUUCGGCAUUAGUGCUCUUCCGGCAAAUGAGACUAUGGUGGAAAUCAAGGGAGAAUCGAUGUCUGUUGCCGACUAUUUCGGCAAGCGGUACAACGUGAACUUGAGGUAUCCGCAUCUACCAUUGAUAAACGUUGGCAGUAAAAGACCGGGCAAGGAGAACUGGCUGCCAAUCGAGCUUUGUGAAGUGGCGCCUGGACAGCGCUGCGCAAAUAUUAACGAGCUGGAUACUGCAGAAAUUAUUCGACAGACCAGUCAGCCCCCGCGCGUUCGUCAGGAAAGAAUUGUUGAUCAAGUGCGCCAGGCCGGUUUCGAGAAUGAUCCAUACCUGGCCGCCUUUGGCAUUAAGGUGGAGCAGCGUCUCGAAACGACGGAUGCUCGUGUUAUGGAUCCGCCUGACGUGCAGUAUGCGAAUGUAUCCGAACGGCCGUCUGGAGGGCAAUGGAAUUUGAGGGACAAGCGUUUUGUUGAGGGCGCCACGAUGCGAAACUGGGGAGUUGUUGUCACUGCCAAGAUCGGAGAACGUGAUGUCCAGGGUUUUGUCCGCAACUUGUUGGAUAUGGCAGGCAAGAGUGGAUUGAAUAUCGAGGAUAGUGACCCACAUAUGAUUCAUAUGGACCAGCAUCGUGGUGCGCAAGUCGAAGAGCUCAUGAAAAUGUGUUUUCAGGCGAUGAAAGAGCGCAACAAAGGCCCUCCGCAGCUCAUUAUGGUGAUAAAGCAGGACAAAAGCAUUGGAUCCUAUGGCGAUAUCAAGCGCAUGUCCGAUACAGUGUUGGGAAUUCCGAGUCAAUGCAUCGUGUCCCAGAACGUUCGCAGUGCAAAACCGCAGUACUGUGCCAACGUCUGCUUGAAGAUCAACAUGAAGCUUAGCGGAAAGAACUCGAUCCUGCGCGAGCCAUUGCCCCUAGUGAGUGAUGCUCCAACGAUCAUUAUCGGUGCCGAUGUCGAACACCCUCGCUCUGGCAUAGGCUCACGACCGUCCAUUGCUUCCGUUGUUGCUUCGCUGGAUCGCUACUCGGCGAAGUACGUUGCUCGUGUAGCUGCGCAGAAGGCUUCUAGCGAUAUUCAGCUACUGCCACACAUGUUGCGCGACCUCUUUUUGGCGUACUACCAGAGCACUAGCCGAAAGCCAGAGCAUGUCAUCUAUUACCGCGACGGUGUCAGCGAAGGCCAGUGCUAUGAUAUCUUGCAAGUGGAAAUGCGCGCGCUUCGAAAGGCGUUUAAGAUGAUCUCUGAGGACUACAACCCGCCGAUUACGUUCAUCAUUGUGAACAAACGCCACCAUAUGCGGGCCUUCCCGGUGAAUCAGCGCGAAGCCGAUCGGAAGGGCAAUGUCAUCCCCGGAACGGUGAUUGACACUGGAAUUGUCGAUUCGCACCGCUUUGACUUCUUCUUGUACGGUCACAGUGGCAUUCAAGGCACGAGUGUUCCCUGUCACUACACUGUUUUGCACGACGAGAACAAAAUGUCAGCAGAGGACGUGCAACGUCUGACGUACCAUCUUGGGUACACGUUUGCGCGCUGCACCCGGUCGGUGUCUUUUGCCACGCCUGCUUACUACGCACAUUUGGCUGCUGCUCGUGCGCGCUUCUUCCUCAAUGAAGGUUCCGAUGGCGCGUCCACCGUGGGUUCGUUCAACUCGAGUUCGUCCAACUUUGACUUCGUCGAGCUGCACAAUGACCUCAAGAACUGCAUGUUUUUCAUUUAG